AAUACGUCGUAUUGGCUGAAAGUAAGGACGCACAGAUGACUGUUUCUAGCGUAAGAGGCGUGGAGCAAUUCUGCACGUGGUCACUGUUUAAAUUUCACCCCGAGAUUUGUACUCAGAGCCUUUACAGCUUAAUCUAAAUUUAAACUCGAGAAAGACGCAGGACCCCGCGGGCGUGGUGAAUCACCAUUAGAGUCAGACCCGAACGAAAAAUCUGGUCAUUCCAAGCGUUGUGAUUGUAGGUGCUGGGCCAGGCUUAAUUGCGUGUCUCUGAAGCUAGACGUGAAGCAGGCAGCGCUGAUCUUGGGGUAGUAGACUUGACCACCCUACAGGACUAAACGUAGUCGACCUGCCGUUUAUCAACUCCAAAUUUAAGGACUUUUUAAAACUUAUUAAAAAUGUCCGACGACGAGAGAUACAGCGAAGAAGAGGAGGAGGAAGAAGAAGAGGAAGUUAAAUUCUCAUCACGGCAGAAGAAGUCUGAGCCACAACAAGCUGCACCUCAGGCAUCAGAAGCUGAAAUGGCUAUGGAGGAGAAGAUGCGUAAAAAGAAAGAAGAGGAAGAAGCUAUGUGGGAAGAGUAUAUGGAACAACGACGUAUUCAAAGACAGAAAGAAGAGGAAGAAUUGAAAAAGUUGAAAGACAGACAGGCAAGACGAAAAACGCAAAGGAAGGAACAAGAAGCAAAAAUGAUGGAAAUGAAAAAGCGACAGGAAGAGAUUAGAUUACGUGAGAUGGAGGAAAAGAAACAAAAGGAAGCGGAAGCCAAAAGGAAGCGUUUAGAAGAGGCUGAAAAGAAGAGACACGCGAUGCAAGAAGCAAUGCAAAAACUGCAAGAACCCAUCAAGAGGAACUUUGUGAUCCAAAAGAAGGAAGAUUCUGUUGCAGCCCUUGGCCAUCCCGGUUUCGAUAAGUUUACCAGCGCGACGCAAUUUAAAAGCGAGAUGGGCAAGACAAAGGAGCAGUUAGAGGAAGACAAGAAGAUCUGUUUGCAAUAUAGAGUAAAAUCCCUUGAACUGGAAGGACUUAGUAGUGAUGAACUGCGGAAAAAAGCUCAAGAACUAUGGGAUAAAAUCAGCACCUUGGAGUCGGAUAAGUACGAUUUGGAGGAACGGAAGAAACGUCAGGACUACGAUCUCAAAGAACUUAAUGAACGACAGAGACAGAUAAACCGAAACAAAGCUUUGAAGAAAGGCUUAGAUCCUGAAGCUCUCCAGGGAAAGCACCCGCCUAAGAUCCAGGUGGCAAGCAAGUACGAGCGCCGUAUUGACAGACGAACAUACGGCGACAAGAGACACCUGUUUGAUGGUGGCCUGGAAAACGCUUACGAAGCCGAUGUUGAGAAACAAUGGCAGGAAAAGUUGAACGUUUUCAAAGAAAAAGGGACACCAAAACUUCUGAAAUGGGAUCCUUCCGCUCCCAAAAAUAAGGAAGUCGGUACCCGACGUCACGAGGAAGAAGAGGAAGAGGAAGAGUUGCAUAUGCCUUCCAUACCUGAACCGACAGUUGAUGAAGAGGAAGAAGAAGAAGAAGCGGAGGAGGAAGAAGAUGAAGAAGAGGAGGAGGAAGAAGAAGAGGAGGAGGAAGAAGAGGAAGAAGAAGAGGAGGAGGAGGAAGAGUAGGCAUUGUGAGAUGCAGAUAGAAUAAAGGCUGUUUGAGUUCCUAUAGCGUUAAUGCCAGUGGAGAUCAUGAAGAACAGAAUAAAAGAAAACACUCUUUCUCUUCAAACUGACCAUAAAAUUCCUCCAUCUAAGUCCCAUAUAUAGUUAGAUCCUGAGUUCAACAGUUUUACUUUCUCUUCAAACUGACCAUAAAAUUCCUACAUCUAAGUCCCAUAUAUAGUUAGAUCCUGAGUUCAACAGUUUUACUCAAUCUCACACUGUAUGUGUACGUAUUUAGUUUUAAAAAAUAUUUACUCCUUCAAAGACUUCAACAUCUACAGAAGAGCCCGUAAUUGUUACAAAAAAUGCAUAUUUUCUAGUGAAUUUAGAUAUAUAAUCCAAAAACGAAAGUUUUGUGACAUUUCCACUGUACUCCUGACCUUAAUUCUAUAGGAUCUUGUAGCUUACUCGCUGUGAACAGAAAGAGUUUUAGGAGCCGAUGCUCUCUGGUGUUGCAUUUAAGCACUAGGCUCACUGGUUUCUCUAUGAGAUCUGGUCGUAGGAAAAAGAAGAUUUUAGUGGCUUCCAACUGUUUUACAUAUCCCAUUGUGUAGCAACCUAAUGGUCUAGUUGUUAUGAAACACACCUAAAAAGGUUAAAAAAGACCAAGUAGUAAUUUAGAUAUCGAUCAUGUAAUGGUUUGUAAACUAUAAGUAAAAAUAUCCAAAACUGUAAUAAUUGGGCUUUUCUUUAAACUGGACAUUUUAUGAUAGUGUUUUACGAAAGUAGAAAAUGCUUCAGAUUCGAAAUAUUGUUUGUUUGUGUGUCAUGAGGCAAUAUAUGCCCUACUGUAAAUGGCUGUCUUCCUUGCCUAUAUAAGACCGUGACUCGAAAACAUGGUUUCGUGGGUUUUUGCAAAUUACUUGUGUAUGAUAGGAAUGAUUUUGCUCUUAUGGAAAAUAAAAGUGCUUGGAAACUCAAA